AUAUUCCGGCACCCAGGCUGAUUACUGGCAGCAGCAAAAUUGCAUUAGUCAAAAAAAGGAGGAGGCUGCAAUUUCUACCAAAAAGUUUUUUAUUCAGAACAGGAUGGUGCAGCAGGCGUUAUCAUAUACGACGACGUACCAUUUCGAGAUGAUGAUAACUCCGGAUCAAUGAAAAUUUCAAAAGGAAAUUUGACAAUUACAAUGUAUUAUGUGGAUUUGAAUAUAGGACUAGAGCUUUAUGAUAUGCUACAAUUGACGGCAUCUCAACCGGUUGGUUACAUGGCAGCGAACUCCUCUACAACCAAUGCAGCCAUUACAUUUCAACCAGUGAUAUUAUUGACGAUGCAUCCAGCUGUUGGUGGGUUUCUUAGUGCUUGGGAAUUUACCCUCAUUAUUGUUGUAGUGCUGCUAGGUAUCAGCUUUUUAGCCUCAGUUGGUAUGCAUUGGCAUCUUUGGCGUAUCCGACGCAGACAACGCGCAUUUACAUUUGAAAACGGUCUGCUUAAUAUGGAUCCGAAUUAUAUUGAUCAGACUUCAUUUAAUCAGCAGCAACAGCAACAACAGCAAACAGAAAAGAAGCUUAUUGAUCCUAAACAACUGCAUCUAUUUUCAUCUCGAACAAUAGCAUCAGAACAGCAGUACUUGCCAGUCAAAACUAUUGACACUACGUUUAGUAGUAGUUUGAAUCAAUUGGAAAAGAUUGAUACACAACUUUCACCGAGACGCUCAGUUGCUUUAAACGAGGCCUCAGAUAACACAAUCAAUAAAGAGACCGCGCAAGUAUUAGCUGAGAAAGAGACAGAUGAUGCUGCUCUAGUGACAACGGCUUGCGUUAUUUGUUUGGAUGAGUUUGUCAUAGGUGAUGAAGUAAGGCAACUACCUUGUCAUCAUGAAUACCAUUGUGAAUGCAUAGGUAAUGAAGCACCAAAUCAAAUGUAUGUUUUGCCACUGUAGCUGUUAAUCCCGCUGCUUCUCAAACAGAUCCAUGGCUAACUAUUAAGUCAGCAACAUGUCCGUUAUGUAAAUACGACUGUACAUUGAUCAUUCCAAUCACAGCAACAUCUAAAGCUAC